AGGACCCGUACCUCCGAGUUGUGCAGCCAUGCUGUCACGUGACGCUGGGAAGCGGAAUGCCAACAUGGACCCGUGGCAAGGACGGGAUGUGAGUGUGUUUUGAAAUUAACGCGACGGAAGGAAAAAUAAAGCACGAAAAUAGAGAGACCAAUCGACGGCGCUGCUUUUCCCAGCGAGUCUCCUCCGAACUACACACGGUUUUUGUAAUUUCUCUUGGACAGAGAUUCCUUGACAUCCUCUCUUCUGUGUUUGGCCUGGAUCAAUGGUGUCUCUCAGCAGCAGAACACGGAGUCUGGAAAAUGAUCUGUUCAGGGACAGCAGCAGCAGCAGCAGUAGCAGCAGCAGCAGUCUGUUCUCCCUUGGCCUGGCAGAUGGAACACGCUGUGAGGUGGGCAGUCCAGCCUCCUGUGACAGCCCAGAGGCUGAGGAGUUGGGAGCCAUGCACAGCUGCAGCCCUGGAGAGGAGGAAGAUGAGGAAGAAGAUGAUGAAGACAACGGGGCGUGUCUGCAUAUUUUUCUGGGAGCAACAGGAGAAGAUGAACCUGAGAGUCAGGAGCCUAAGCUGCCAGAAUUCUCUUUGCCUCCCUCAUCCCCAUUCUCCCCAACCCUGGAAGAUAUAGAGGAGUUUUUGAGAGAAAAGAUGGAAGUGGUCAAAGAGGGGUUCGUGGCCCCAAAAGAGGAGGUGUCCCCUCUACCAUGCAGCUCUGCUGACUCUCCAUCUUCGACUGUGCCCCCAGCCUCAGAGACUGGCAGUGACAUGGGGACUAGUGCCUCCCAUUGUACUUCCAGCCCAAACACCCCUCAGAAUGAGCAUACCGGCCCCAGUCCAGGUGCCGAAGUAACACCCUCACCAUCCACCUUAACCUCCCCGAUGCUCCUGGGCACUCCGCUAGUUCUCCAGCUCCAGCCCCUCCCUCUGGCCCACCCUCAGACAUCAGCAGGCUCUUCUCAUGGGGCCCAAAAUGGAAUUUGGCUCACUCAUCUGGUAAUGGGGAUCCAGGGUGCCACAGGACAAAAUCUCACCUUAUUGGCCCCCCAGGUACCCUCCACCCCCACCACCUUGUUAUCAAUAACCAGCGGCGAUAUCAAAUCAGCUGACCAGAAGUAUGUGAAGAUAGCCCCUCUGCCCAUCACAAUGAGGACUGUAGAGAUUGCAGGUGUGACUGAGGUUGGGGCCCAGGACGACAGCUUGUUGAAGGCCGUGCCCCAUCGGGUGACCAGAUUGCCGCCUACAGAGAGGGUGCAUAAGUGCUCCCACCCAGGCUGUGGGAAGAUGUACACCAAGAGUAGCCAUCUGAAAGCUCACUUCCGGUGUCAUACAGGAGAGAAACCCUACACGUGCAGCUGGCCUGAGUGUGGCUGGAGGUUCUCCCGAUCUGACGAGCUGUCUCGUCACCGCCGCUCUCACUCUGGCAUCAAACCGUACGAGUGCUCACUGUGCGAGAAGAAGUUUGCCCGCAGUGACCACUUAUCCAAACACACAAAGGUCCAUCGCACCUCCAGGCCCAGCAGGAUUAUCAGAGCCACUGUGUGACACACUUAAACUGGCCUAAACCUUGCCCCGCACCAAUCCACCCACCCUGUCUAGCCUGGCUCUGAUAUGGGGGGUGGGGGCGGGGGUCCCCCUCAGGGCUGUUGGUGCUUGACGAACAGAACAUUCAGUCUUGAAAGCUGGCUGCUGUUUCCCCCAUUUCCUUCCUUUCUCUCCUCACUGUUGUUUAUCUUUCACUGUUCCUUCUGAGCAGCUUGUCUUACACCAAAGUAACAGCUGCAUCAGGAAGAAACUCAGCUGAAAGUAUAUUUCCUUGCUUUCACACAUGCAUAAAACACAUAACAGCAGGCAGUAUUACAGAGCAGCCCCUAUUGCCACCACUGCUUGCACUAAUGCUCCUGUUACCAGGCUACUACCAGGUGCUACUGGAAGUACGGUGGUAACCAGUAAUGGAAGUGUCUGUAAAAUUGUAUUAUGUUAUAUAGUGUCCUUUCUACUUAUGCAUUCGCCCCUCUUCCUCAAAGCCAAACUUCAGGGUCCACAAGGAUAAAGCUUCCCAACAUUUUUGUGUGUUGUUAAAGUGAAACAUUACACUUCAGCAUCACAUUUCUGCCAUGCAUUUUAAUCAUAAGGCUCACGACGGACACAAUUCACAUGGUGGAGUGUGACAGACAUCUAUGUAAGGUGGAAUUCUGUUGAAGCAGAAGCCGUUUCUGUGAAGUACACCCAGAUUGAAUGGUAGGACUCAUGAUAUUAAUGCUGAGACAUUGAUUCAGUCAUAUUAUACUUUGUGACAUUGUUCACAGCUGAGAUGAGUAGAGACAUACUCCUAAACUUCCAAUGUUUAUACUUCCAAACGUAGACUUUAUUGCAUUUGUCCAAUCAAAAUCUUCCCUAUUUUGAGCUGCCUGCCUUUUCUCAGUCCUAGUAUGUCCUGAUCUUUAUCAAUGCCUUUGUCUGUAUCACAUGAUUGUAGUCUUAUCAUAUGACUGUUCUUACUUAACUGUGAUUCAGAACUGGGGAUUGCCAAACCAGAAAUCCCUGUUCUGGCCCUGUGAGAGCAUGAAAGUGACACCGUCAGUGCAUGACAGUUUAUAAGCUCUUUGUUCCCUGAAAUUUUCUUGAGAUUCACUGUUCGGCCGACUUAGGUGGCUUACUACUCAAUCUACAGUCAUGGCCAAAAACAUUACCACCCCUGCAUUUCUGUCAGAUUAACGCACCACUUCUUCUAGAAAGUUGUUGCAAUCACAUUCUUUGGCUUUCUCAUGUUUAUUUCUUUUGUUUGCAGUGGAACAACACAAAAAAAGCAGAGAAAAAGCCAAAUCUGAUCCAUUACACAGAGAUCCAAAAACAGACUGGACAGAAUUAUUGACACCUUUUCAAAAUAAUCAGAAAUAGUUAUAAUCCAGCAUUUGAUGCUCCUGUAAUUUGUAAUGAAACUCACCUGUAGUAAUCAACAGGUGCUGGUGAUAUAGAAAUCACAUUUGCAACC